AGCGAACUUCUGGGCGGAGCUUCGCUCCAGGAACAGGCUGAACCAACCAGGAGCUGAAGCUGAGCUGGUGCGUCACGGUGUCGCAGCAGUAGCUCAGAGUUUAAAAGAGCAGCGCGGCUCGUCGGGACUCCAACUCGRUUUUCUGCCGCUCACWCAGAAACAUGGCAAGAACCAAGCAGACCGCCCGUAAAUCCACCGGAGGCAAAGCCCCCAGGAAGCAGCUGGCCACCAAGGCCGCCCGUAAGAGCGCCCCGGCCACCGGCGGCGUGAAGAAGCCUCACCGUUACAGACCCGGUACCGUGGCUCUGAGAGAGAUCCGUCGCUACCAGAAAUCCACGGAGCUGCUGAUCCGCAAGCUGCCCUUCCAGCGCCUGGUCCGAGAGAUCGCUCAGGACUUCAAGACCGACCUGCGCUUCCAGAGCUCGGCCGUCAUGGCUCUGCAGGAGGCCAGCGAGGCUUACCUGGUGGGUCUGUUCGAGGACACCAACCUGUUUGCUCUGAUAACUUUCAUUAUGUCUGGAAGAGGAAAAGGAGGUAAAGGUCUGGGGAAAGGAGGCGCUAAGCGUCACCGUAAAGUCCUCCGUGAUAACAUCCAGGGRAUCACCAAGCCCGCCAUCCGUCGUCUGGCUCGCCGCGGUGGAGUCAAGCGUAUCUCCGGUCUGAUCUACGAGGAGACCCGUGGUGUGUUGAAGGUCUUCCUGGAGAAUGUCAUCCGUGAUGCCGUCACCUACACCGAGCAUGCCAAGAGGAAGACCGUCACCGCCAUGGAUGUGGUCUACGCUCUCAAGAGACAGGGUCGUACUCUGUACGGCUUCGGAGGUUAAACUUCAACCCGCUUAACUAAACAAAAGGCCCUUUUCAGGGCCACACA